AUGAAAAGUAUUCGAAAAACUGACAUUUUCGAUGGAGAAUCAGUCGAUCAGCUGGCUCAACGGAUCAUUGAUCAUCUUUUGCAAUGGAGAUGUUUGGAUGCGUUUUGUGAUAAACAGAUGCUCACGAUUUUGGAUAAGAAUGUAUUCAAUGAACUUCCUCUCUGCGCUCGAGUCGGUCAGAAAAUCCUAUGUAUGCACGGCGGAAUCUCCCAAAACUGCAAUUCAUGGGAAUCGUUCCGAAAUCUCAAAAAACCAAACACACCAAAAACUUGUGACGAGGGACUUCAGGUGGAUUUGAUGUGGGCAGAUCCGACACAAGACAAGUGUAAUGCGUUUGCAAUUAAUCAGCAACGAGCGAUUUCGGUGGUUUUCGGAGAAAAAGCACUUACGGAUUUCAUGAAAAAGCUGGGAUUAUCGUUGAUUGUGAGAGCUCAUGAGGUGUCUCAAGAUGGAUUCAAUUUCAUGUUCAAUCGGAAAAUUGUGACUGUAUUCUCGGCUCCCUAUUACUGUGGAAAUGAUACAAACUGUGGAGCUAUUAUGCAUAUUUCUCCUUCCUAUGAAAUUUCGUUCACUGUCCUCCGUCCAAGAAUGAUUCAAACAUCGGAAAAUGCUGAUGUGGUUAGACAGAUGGAGAAUAAUUAUAAGGAUUUGAUGGUUAAGAGUCCGGAUCCAAAUCGUGGACGUCAUCUGACUCCUGCUCCAAUCCCAGUUCAGCCAGUUUCAAUUCCACCAUUUAUAGCCCCAGUUGCACCUGGUCCCCCGAUUCAGAUUCCUCCACUUAUUUCAGAAAUGGUUGAAAUGAAGAAAUAG